UGUAACCAAACAACACACACUGAAGUUGUCUCAGUUGCAGAUUUUUUUUAUUUUAUUAUUUUAUUUUAUUUGUAGGCUGACUAAAAAUGAAUCUCAAUUUACCUCUGUCGUCGGUGCACAACGCCUCGCGCAACUUUCAGUUAAUAACACAGGACUUCCAGCACCCUGGAAAUUCAGAAACCAAUGCCUCAUCAUCACUCAGCUCAAACAACACGACUGGGAAGCUGGAGGACGACCUGGACGUGAAUACGGACAUUUACUCCAAAGUCGUGGUCACUGUGAUCUACAUCGGUCUCUUUUUAAUAGGGUGUCUGGGCAACUCCAUCACGGUGUACACGUUAGUUAAGAAAAAGACUUUACAGAACUUGCAGAGCACCGUGCACUACCACCUGGCGAGCCUGGCGGUGUCCGACCUCCUCAUUCUAGUUCUGUGCAUGCCAAUAGAACUCUAUAACUUCAUCUGGGUUCACAACCCCUGGGCAUUCGGCAACGCUGUGUGCAAAGGCUAUUACUUUUUGAGAGACGCGUGCACCUAUGCCACGGCUUUCAACAUUGCCAGCCUCAGCGUGGAGAGGUUCAUGGCGAUAUGCCAUCCUUUCAAAGCGAAGAGCAUGAUGUCCAGAAGCAGAACCAAGAAGCUGAUUAGUGCUAUCUGGGUGGCUUCUUUCCUGCUGGCCAUCCCCAUGCUUUUCAUCAUGGGGCAAAUCUAUGUCAGAGAGGUUAAAAUCUGCACCACAAUCGUGGACCAGUCGAUGGCAAAGACCGUCCUACAGGUUAACGCCUUCCUUUCGUUCGUAUUCCCCAUGGUGGUGAUCUCUGUGCUGAACACCAUUAUCGCCAAUCAGCUCAUACAGAUGUUUAAACAGGCUGCCCAGGACAGCAGGGUCUGCACCAUUGGAGGACAUCCCACAAUGCUGAGCGUCUCUGUGGAGCCCAGCCGAGUGCAGUCUCUUAGACAUGGGGUCAAAGUCUUACGGGCUGUUGUGGUCGCCUUCGUGGUCUGCUGGCUUCCGUAUCACAUUCGGCGCCUCAUGUACUGCUAUGUGACCGACUGGACAGACUUUCUUUUUGACUUCUACCACUACUUCUACAUGGUGACCAACGUCCUGUUCUACGUGAGCUCCACGGUCAACCCUGUCCUCUAUAACCUGGUGUCGGCCAACUACAGGCAGAUCUUCAUGUCGACGCUCAGCUACUUCUGUCUGCCUUGGAGGAGGAAGAGGAAGCGGCCUGCCCUCGCCAGGCAUUUCAACAGCAUCACGAGCAAUCAAACCUUCUCCAGCAACAUCAUUAAGGAAACAAUGUACUAGCAAGGCUGCUGUGUCUCGGUGGCUCUAAGGCACUAAUAGUCUGGGUUUUGCGUUUUCAGCCAGGGGCUAAGCAUUUUAUUGGUGUUUUUAUUGACUUCAGAUCUGUCUGUGGUCAUUAUUGUAUGCAUGUUCAUUUUUCGUACCUGCUUAAUACACUAUUAUGCAAGUUCUGUAUGGUUCUGUGUUGCUGUUUUUGCUUCGAACAUUGCUCGUGCUUCUGAAAAGACUCCUCAACUCUCAUUAGGAUGGGUACGGCCUCCAUGUAAAUCCUAACAUCUUUUCAGAAGUAAUGUUUGCUGUUCAGAACAAACAUCAUAGGAUAUUAAACAGGCAAAUCAUAGGAGAAUAUGGGUGAAAUGUCUCUUGAUAGAACUUGGACUGUUAGUGGUCUUCAAGGAUAUGGCUGUGUCCACGAACAAGGUGUUAAUGACUGGAUAUUUUCCAUAGUGUGUAAAUACGAUAAUAAUGCACAGUGCGUUGUAAAUAGUAUGACAUUUGCAUCACAGGAGUAGUUUCAUUUUCUUGUAAAGUUUUGUACAGUAGCCGUGCACUAAUACUGUCCAGAAAUGUGGAUACUUGAACAGCAGGCUGUGAUUAUUUAAUGCAUACACAUUGUAAAUACCCAUUAUAUUUUUAACAGAGUACAUUGUCACCGUGAAUCUUACGGUUUUUAUGUUAAAAUAAGAAAUCACUUCCGCAGUCUAUGUAUUAAGUAUUUGUCUAAAGCAAGAACUCCAUCAGCAUGUUUUUUUUUUUUGUAUACUUGGUUUACUGUCCAAAAGUUUAAAAAAAAAAACUACAGCUUACUGCACUACAGCUUUAAACACCACCUCUAACCUUUACUCCGCUACUCGCUAAGUGUUUUAAAAUGAGAACGAACUGUUCCUUUUAAAACACACGCCGGCUCUCUGUCUCGCUCCUGUAAAGAAUGGAUUUGCCCACUCAGUUCGUUCCAAUUACUGUACUUCUGAGAAGCAUCCGUUCAACAGUGUUUCAGUGCAUUGACGUAAUAAUGUGUUAAAAUGAGGUAAACGAUGACUGGCACCUGACCAUUGCAGUUCAGGAGAGAUAUAAUGUGUUAAAAUUGGGUCCUUCUUUCCUUCAGUCCUUGGGUGUGAUUAAGGUAGAGGAAGCAGCACAUGAUCCUUUUGAGUUUGCCUGUACUGGCUUUAAUGAAUACAGUACCUAUCUAGGCAGUUUAAGGCAAGUGGAAUAACGUCCGGUAUUAACUAUUCACAUGUCAUUUAAAAUGCCAUUGUAUUGUCAUAACUGUAAUUACAUUACAACUGAUUUAACUAAUCAUGAAUACCAAUUCAGAUAGUGUGGAUCAGGCAUUCAAAUAGACGUGUGCAUUAAUUAGAAAUGUGACUCAAAAAUAUCAAAUAAGACUCAGUAGUGGGAUUUCAGGUGAAAAGAUGGUCAGAAAAUAGUGAAGGAAAUUCCCUUUUCACUUGUAAAUCACUUGUGCAGUUAUUACAUCGUGUGUGUGUGAGUGUAGAAAUUGUUUACAGUAUCGAUUAGUAACCCAGAAUAAAUCUCAUAUAUGAACAGAAAAUGCAAAGUCAGUACACUAAAUAUUUAUGCAGUAAAUAUUUAGGUACAUAAACUGCCCAGUUAUUUAGCAAGAAUGAAGUCAUGCCUCUGAUAAGUAGGUUUGCCACAGACUGAUCAGGGAUAAUACAUUACUCUGGCAGAUUGACGUGUGUAUAAAUAUUUAGAGCACUACCAGUCAACUGUGUAUGUGUGUGAAUCCAAAAUCGAUAGCAAGAGAAUUAUUCUUAUACAAAAGCAUGUAAAGAGGGAUUUGCUGUCAGAAAGUAUUAAGAUUCUGGGGCACUGGGAAGACAAAUUGAACCAGAUCAAGAUGACAAGCAACAUAAAGGCUGCGUGCUAUGAGGGAUGUCGCCACUAGGAAGCAAAAAAAAAAAAAAGGAUAUCAUUGCAAUGCCCUUGGU